AUGAGUGAGCUACAAAAUAUGGUCGCCACAUCAUUGGCAAUUAACGAUAGCCCCUCUGUCGUGCGCUACCCUCGUGGAGUUGGGGUGGGUCUUGACGUUAUUAAUCAGAAGCUUGGUGGCAAGUAUGAUGUGAUGCCAGAGAGAGUCGCCAUUCUCAGUCUAGAAACCAGGCUCUUGGAGAGCGUGAAAGCAGCCGAAGCUUUGGAGGCGAACACCAUCCCUGUCACGGUCGCUGACGCUAGGUUUAUGAAGCCUUUAGAUCGAGAUCUGAUUCGCAAGCUUGUCAAUGACCAUGAAAUUAUCAUCACUGUGGAGGAAGGUUCGAUCGGUGGGUUCGGAGACCAUGUGCUAUACUUUGCUGUGCUCAAGGGUAUGUUGGACGAUGGAAAGGUCAAGUUCCGCCCCAUGGUUCUACCAGAUCGAUACAUUGAUCAUGGCAGCCAAGGUGAGCAGUACGAAGAAGCUGGACUGAGUGCAUCCCACAUUGAGGCGACAGCAAUGAGACUGGUAGGAAGGUCUGCUACAGUGUUGACAAGUGCACGUGCCCUUGAUCUUAACCAGAUGCAAAAGUGA